AUGUUGGCCUUGGUCCUACUCGUGGCAGCAGUUGCACAUGCGUCGUCGUCGUCGUCGUCAUCAUCACUGGAAGGAGAAACCAAUCAGCUUCUUUCCAGACGCAUGAAUGGGAAUGCCCGAACACUGUUGCAGAAAAUGCCUGUCAAGAGCAUCACUGCUCCCUAUGCUGCGAAUCAUCAUGAGCAAAAAGCUGCAUGGAAGCCAUCAGAACGAAACAUGGAAAUUGUGCAGCAAGCUCGAUCGUCCUUGCGUGUUGUCAACAGCAACAACGAUGUCAACAAUGUCAAACACCAAAUGAAGAGUAUAAACAUGGAUGAAACCAGCAAUAAUGCACAACGCAAGCUGGCAUUUACGGGACAUGUUUGGGAUGCUUGCAUUCCCGAUGAUACCCCAACCAGUGCCGAAGUGACAGCCCAAGCGUACGAUAAUGUCCAAUACGAUGAUGAACAUGACCCAGCAUGUGUUUGUUGGAGAGACAACCUUUUGAACGAAGUCUGGAUGCAAUGUCUAAUGGGCGAUGAAACUUGUGUGGAUGCUGCCACCAGCAAUACCGACCCCAAUAAUGCCAACAAUACCAGUACGUGUUCCGAGACCCAGGAAAUCUUUUUGUUUUCCACCAACACGGGGGAUUUGAAUGUCAAGAAUACCUGUUCCUUCUGCAACGAAUAUUCCAAUACGACGUGCGAUGGCGUACAAGAGGUUUGUUCGGUCGUCUUUUUUGACGACAAUGAAACUCCCCAACAAUGUCUCUUUCAAGAAGUCCUGGACGAUGGUUCGCCUCUCAAUUGUGAGGAUUGUCAAAUCUGUCAAGGUCCAAAUGGAGAAACCGGAAUGAACUACGAUUGCUUUGGCCAAUCCACCAAUGGCCAAUGUGACACCACUGUCAGUUUUCAUUUGCAUAAUUUUGCUCCCGUUUUGGAGAGCGGAGCGGCUCCAGUGCAAGGUCGUUUUGGUGACAUUUGUCGCAAAAAUGAAGAGGUUGCCCUGUACGACCAAACAUGGUAUGACAAUUCCUUUGGAAAGGUGUGUGACUGCGAUGAUCCAACCGCAGGCGUCAUUGUCUGCGAUCUCUUUUUGAAUGUCGAAGACUGCUUUGCGAACGAAUGCAGUCCCAUUUCGGAAAUCUUUUAUUUUGGAUUGGACAGCGGCGAGUUGAACGAAAAAGUGACCUGCGAUGGAACCAAUGGACUUUGCAGCCGAGUGGCCUUUAAUGACAAUGAUGGAGCACCCAGUGGCUGCGAAGUCAUUUUGCUUCCAGAUCCGAGACCCUGCACCUCUUGUAACAUUUGUCAAGACGAGGCUGGAGCCUACGGCAUUGAAUUCAACUGCGGCACCGUCGAAACGGAAUGUCUCACAUCGAAUGGCAGAGCCGUCAAUAACUUUGUGGACCAACCAGCCACCAGCGCACCCAACGUCUCUGCCAACUCGAAUCAAGAACCACCAUCCAGCGCACCAAUCAAUACGUUUUCUCCCAACCUUUCUCCCGCCAGUAGCGAAGGGCAACAAGCGAUCUCGUCCGGAGAGGAUUCCACUCCAGUGGGAGCCAUUGUGGGUGCCUUUGUUGGUGGACUUGUAUUGGCUGGAAUUGCUGCAUUGCUGAUUGGAAGAAAGCAGAAUCGCACAACCGACGAAGAUAGCGCUGGAGCAACGCCGUCGGUGGUGGAAGCUGCGCUGAAUAAUAAUAAUGAGGAUGAUCUCGAACUCGAUGAAACCGAGCCAAAAGAUAUUCCUCAAAUCACCUAA